CGACAGUGGAUGUUGGAAUUGUGACUUAGUUUUCGGAAACUUCUUCAAAGUUGCCCUCGACAAGGUCGGGAACAUCAUCGUCGUCAUCGUCAUCGGCAGCUUCGGUCGCACCAACACCGGCUUGUGCGGCCAUGCUUUGAAGUUGGGAAAGGUUGUCCAUGCCCAGUUGCGAAACAAUGGAUGGUAAGAGCUCCUGCAAUGAUUUUUCCUCGUUAGGUCCGGAGAUGACAUAGGUAUUGGCUGCAAUGGCAGCCUGGACCUUGGGGUUUGUGAAAUGGAUGACCUUUCCAUCCUCCUUGAAGAGAUUGACUUCCUCAAUUCCAGGGAUGUUGGUAGCUCCAAGUUUCUUGAGCGUCGUUCCGAGCUUGGCGUCUGAUUGCGCAGCAGCACUUCGCGAUACCUUCUUGUUCUUUCUUCGGACCGAUCCCUUUCCGCCAGUUGAUGUCGAAGCCCCUCCAAAUCGCUUGGCGAUCAUUCUCGCCCGGGCCGCAGCCAUAGCAUCCGUCUCUGCCAUUGUAAUUGUUGUUUUAUUAUAUGUUUAUAUGAAUAAGUAAGAGACAGAAAACUGUACGUUCAGCAACCGGCUCGAACUAGAAGAGGCUGAAAUUCAGAUAAUUCCGUGAUGAUGAUAAAGGCAUCGCGUUGGAUACAAGAAAAGAAUAAUGUGAGAUUUUUCCA